AUGGCUAGCAUCCCGACACUCACGCGAUCUGCAUCCCGUGGCUCUGACCAUGAACUUUCCUACGCAUCUCCUCUGGUCAUCCGAAUAGCCGGAGAGCGACCAGACCCAGAUUCCAUGGAGAGGCACAACAGCAAGCGGCGAAGUGGGAAUUUCAACGACGAAGAGGGCAAACUGGGACAUGAUGGACGGAAGCGUCGCUCCUUAGGGAGUAGUGACGACGAAGGUCUACUGACAUGGGAUAAUUUCCACAAUGAAGAUCUCCGCGUCGGGGGUCCAUAUCUGUGCUCAAUUCCUACUACAAGCCGACCAGUGCCUUAUAGGCACCCUAAAUUCCGCCUGACAACCCUUGAAACGCCGGAAGGAUGGAGUCUUGGCCAAAAGAUCAUGAAGAUUAUUGACAAGUUCCAUUUGAAGCCAACCACACUGAAAUUCUCCUUCAUAGGCAGGACUUCAGUUAUUAACCCAGAGCCAGAACCUUGUUUGAUCCUUUGGGUCCCAGCGGAAAGAGUAUCUGUGGAUGAUACUUGGCUACAAUGUGCCCGAGAGUUGCGAAGUCUACUUAUUGCUAACGAUCUUGAUUCUUGCUCAGUUGAAAUUGCCGAUCCAAUGGCAUUUUUACCCAUGAAUACCUUUCCUGUGCUGCAACAGGAUAAAGUGUUCUGGCAAUGGGAGCCUCUUCUGCAAGAACUCCUUGCCCAGUUAAACUUAACGGAUAUUCGAUCAAUUGGAUGCUUUCGACGGGGUAGAGGUACCGCCAUCCUUGAUUGCUCGCCGACACUGUUGAUCCUAGUUGAUCGUAACAAGGACUGGACCUCAACCCGGGAGAAAGUGAUCUCUAUUCUAAAGCGGUGGCGCUUCCAGAUGCUAGCCGUGGAGAUUGUUAAAGACAAGCCGGUCCGUCAGAUAACCCGUGAAGGGAUUAGUGUGGGCCUUCUAGGAGGGCUCAUAAAUAAUGAUGGCCGAACUAUGGCUACAGAGUCCAUCGCUUCGUCUAGGAAUCACAACUAUAGUGGUACUCUUGGCUGUUUCCUGGAGCUUCAAAACCCUUAUGAUGGUCAAUGGAAGAUUUUCGGUUUGACUUGCUGGCAUGUGGUUGUGCCCCCUUUUGCUGAUCACCCCAAUGACGAUAAGAAAGUGAUCGAACGGUGGAAUAAAAAUGGCAUCAGGAUAGCGACACAAAGAGAGGAGAUUAGGCGCCUGCUUCGUGUCGAUCACCCAACUCGAUUGGCUCACAAAGAGGAAGUCACAGCAAUGGAGCAUCGACUUGGAAUCAGUGAAAAUCAGGAGCAGUACCAAAUUUACAAAGAGCUUGAAGAGCAGGAUGCGCUUGAGACACUUGAUGACCGAAAACGCCAGAACUAUGAAAAGGCGAAAUCUUCAAUUCAGAACCAGAAGAAUGAUCUUAAGACCCUUAAUGAUCGGUUUAAGAAUGGCGAUCAACAACUUGGAUGGGUUAUUACAGCCUCCGGUUUCAAACGGAAGGAUGUAGAACUCAAAAAAGAUGGAAAAGGGUAUCCCACCAGUCUUGAUUGGGCCCUGAUUCACUUUUUGACGAACCCCCCCGGUGUUAUCCCAGGGAAAUUUGCCCCGCUUUCAAUUUCACAAAGCCUAGAGACGCAUGGGGAAGAGGUUUUCAUGUAUGGUUAUCGCUCUGGGAGGGGAAAAGGUUUUUGCAAUGGACUUCGAGUUGCCUACAUUGAAGCCAUUAUGACUGAUAGUGGUGUCGAAACUGUUCAUACAUUUGAGUAUGCCAUAACCGGUCUCCGCAGCGAGCCUUUUUCUAUUUCAGGGGAUUCUGGUGCAAUGAUUGGCUGCAAUACGAAGACAACGACUCACGAAGAGGAAGUUCUUAUUGGUAUGGUCUUUGCGGGCUGCCAGAAGGAAAGCAUGACCUACAUCACUCGAGCGGAUCACUUGCUAAAUGAUAUCAUGCAAGUGACUAAAGCCAGGAAUUUCAGGGUCUUCUGGUCACCUUAA